AUCGGUUUCGUGCAGCGAAAACUGGUGUCAGGAAUAUUUUAACAAAAACACCCCAAACGUUGGAGAUAGUAAAAGCUUCAAAAAAACGCAGGAUGAAGUAAAGAUGCGUCUAAGCACGCAACGGUUACUUAUCUAUGGUAUUUUAUGCGUUUUGAUAACCAUAUUAUUGUAUUCCUGGUUCUCUCCUUGUAAUGAUGAUACCGUAAGGAGCCGAAUGGUGAGAGCAGAUGCAGGCAAAGUGGAGGUGGCUGAUGGAACAAAAAAAUACACUUAUUCUAGAGAAACGCCGAUUAUUUUUAUUGGCGGUGUUCCGCGUUCUGGGACAACACUUAUGAGAGCCAUGCUAGACGCCCAUCCCGAUAUACGUUGUGGUGAAGAGACUAGGGUAAUACCGAGACUAUUGGGGAUGAGGAGCCAAUGGUCAAAAUCGGCUAAAGAAUCGAAGAGGCUAAUGGAAGCCGGCCUUACGGAUCAGGUUAUCGAUUCAGCCUUAUCCGCUUUCAUUUUAGAGAUAGUAGCCAGACAUGGCGAUGCUGCACCAAAGCUCUGCAAUAAAGAUCCUUUUACUCUUAAAUCUGCCUUCUAUCUCUCAAAAUUGUUUCCUAAUUCUAAGUUUUUAUUGAUGGUAAGAGAUGGUAGAGCGGUUGUACAUUCAAUUAUCAAGAGACACGUGACAAUUUCCGGUUUUGACCUGCACGAUCACGGGCAAUGUUUGUCUCGGUGGAAUGAUGCAGUUGAAACGAUGAUGACUCAAUGUUCCAAGGUCGGUGCUGAACGAUGCCUGGUUGUUCAUUACGAGCAGCUUGUUUUACAUCCGGAGAAAAUGAUGAAAAAAGUUUUGGCAUUUUUAGACGUCGAAUGGACCACCGACGUUCUUCAUCACGAACGUUUCGUAGGGAAAAAGGGCGGAAUCUCUUUAUCUAAAACUGAGCGUUCCACGGAUCAAGUUAUUAAGCCAGUGAACUUGGACGCCUUAACAAGUUGGGUUGAAGAAUUUCCUAUAAACGUCCGGCGGAAAGCGGCAUCGUUGGCUCCAAUGCUUAGUAAAUUGGGUUAUGACCCUACAAAAUUUCCACCCAAUUACGGAAAACCAGACUCUAAAGUUGCUCAAAAUACGGAUGAAGUUCACAGACAGGCCGCCUACUGGAAAAAACGCGCUGAUAUGUUUGUAAAGGGCGAAGCAAACCUUACUGGUAGCCCAAGUUAACACCACUAGAUGGCGUAUCAUCGAUACCUGUAAUUCUUUCAUCUCGUCUUACGUAACAGCAAACCCAAUGAUUUUAAUGCUUUUUUUCUUAAGACUUCGCCAUUAUAGACCUAAACAAAGGUUUUACUGCAUAAACUGUCUUUUUGCUUUAGUUUGUUUUUUAUUUAUUGUUAUAUUACCCCUCUCUUCGUCUUUUUACAUCUAAACAGAAAAACUUUUUUUUACUUUCUUAUCCUAUUUUUGGUUCUUUCUUUUGGCAUUUUUCUUUGUUAAAUUAAUAUGUUUAGUAGGAUUAUUUUUUGUUUUGCCUGUUUGUUAAACAGCUGUUUAUUGUAUAUUAAAAUGAAGAAAUGAUAUUUACAGUAUUUGUUAAUAUCGGGCAGAUAAGGGAAGAAGAGAUAUAAAAGCAAUAGUAACAACAAUAACAACAUCAAUAAUAAUGAUGAUGAUAAUAAUAAUAAUAAUAAUAAUAGUAAUAAUAGGGAAUAUAUGAACAAAUACUAACAACUGGAAAGAGAAUGAAUAAUAGUAAUAAUGAUACUGAUUAUAAAAGUCGUGUUCGUUACCUAUAAUGAUAUUAGGAAAUGUAAUUUUAUGAAUUAAAUUGUGAAAAGAUUAUUAUAGUCUAACAUCUGUGAUCUGUGAGGUUAACAAUCUUCAAAAUGAUUUAAUAUAAAUUGGAAAUUGAACAAGGAAGAGAGAAAGAAGAUAUCGAAUAUUAUAUCUACUCUUUUUCAUAAGGAAAAAUAUACAAUCCUAUCGAAAAGGAGUCAUUUAUUUGUUAAUCUUCUUUCAAUUUUCUCUUUUUUAAUAAUACAAAACUAAAUU